AUGGAUCACCUUACAACAGAGGCAGCGAAAAAUGAUGAUGUGUCAACAACUGGAUCCAAUAAACGACUUUCACUUACGAUGAGCCUAAAAGAGUUGGAUGCCGAGAAGGUUCUAGACGCUUUCGGAAAAUAUGGACCUUAUCAGAUGAAGGCAUACGUAUUGAUUACCGCAGUACUGAUGUUGUAUUCGUCACAAAUGAUGAUCAUGAGUUUCAUAUCAACUGCACCUGAAUUCGAAUGUGAUAUCAAACAAAACGAGGCCGAAUCAAAGUCGGAAUAUACGAUUAUCGACAGCUGUUACGUGAACGAUUCGAACAACGUGACAAUUCUGUGCAAUGAAAUCCCAAACGCAUCUUUCAAAUUCAAUGAAUCAUCACCACAAACUACACUUAACUCCGAGUUCAACUUGGUUUGUCGCGAUGAGCAUUGGGCCCAGCAUGCUUCAUCACUCUUCUUACUGGGCGGGCUGUUAGUAACACCGUUCACAACACAGCUCUCAGACUUGUACGGCCGUCGAUAUGCGUUUCUGAUAUCCCUUUGGACCGCAGUCACUGCGGCCGUUGCAUGCUCGUUUGCACCAACGUAUGGAUGGUUUCUUCUUUUCCGCUUUAUCACUGGCGUUGGAACUUCGAGUUAUGCGACAGUUGGUUGGGUGUUCUGCUGCGAAUCGGUUUCAGUGAAAUUUCGUUCAUUCAUUCCUGUGGUCGGAACAUUUGCAUGGGUUUCUGGUAUAAUGUUGGUCGGUAUCCUUCGAGUAUUCAUCAGUAAUUGGCGGUGGUUAUAUUUUGCUGUCUCUCUUCCUGGACUUCUCACGUACUCUUAUUAUUGGUACAUUGAAAAAUCAUCAACUUUCAACCACAAAACUAUCUCAAUACCUGACUGCAAAUCGAGUACAACAAAGCUGAACGAAGGAAAUUCAAGAACUUUCAUCGAUAUGGUCAAAAAUAAGGCAAUCGUAUUCCAUCUGACCAUUCAUUGUCUUAUUAUUACUAAAUUGAGUGACGACAGCUAUACGGGUUAUUUCCUUUCUGGUUUAGUCGAAAUACCGGCUGGUUUGUUGUGUAUACCGUUGUUGCUCAAAUUUGGUCGUCGAACAAUUACAUUCUGGUGUCUUGCUUUACAAGGUGUUUCAAUGGGAGCUGCGAUUUUAUAUCCAGGUCCUGGAACGAUUGAGAUGAUAUUUCCUGUGGUAGCAAAACUUUUCAACAGUAUCCUCUGGACAUCAGAACCAUUGCUGUUAGCCGAAAUGAGUCCAACGUCAAUUCGAGAUAUCUUUUAUGGUCUUGUCACAUUUUUCGGUGAAUUCGGCUCUGUACUUGCACCAUACUUGGAAUUACUGAAAGACAUCGACGAGCGUGCUCCCCAAACAGUGGUGGCGAUUCUUUCGGCUGGUGCAUCAAUGUUAGUUUUAACGGCACCUGAAACGAAGAACAAACCAAUGCCCGAGGACUUGGAUCAGUUUGACAUCGGCUGUCUUCUGAGGCGUUUUGCAUGCUGCAGACAAACACCGAAAGAUAACAACGAAUACGGUAUUCAAACCCUGCCCGAAACCGAGGUAAGAUUUGUUGGAACAGAAUACCGAAGUUGA